UUUUUUUUUCUCUUUUAAAAUAUAUAUAAAAUGUCUGACAGCCACAGAACUGUUGCCAACCCAGUUUACGUAUCCGAAACUCUUUUAAAGAAAAGAAAGCGCAAUGAAAAGCAAGCUGCUGAAAAAGCUAAAGAGAGAUUAGAAGCCAGAAAGAAGCAAAAGAUGAAUAGAAAGACACAGUUCAAGCGUGCUGAUGAAUUUGUUCGUGCAUUCCGUAUAAAGGAAAAGCAAAAGCGCCGUAUUGUUGCUAUAGAAAGUGGAAAAAAUAAGGCAUCCAAGAGAAGUAAAGGUGACGGAAGAUUGCUUUUUGUUGCUCGUAUCAAGACAGCUAAGGCUAUUCAUCAAGAAGUGUUGUCCGCUUUAAAAAAUUUGCGUUUGCGUAAGAUGAAUAGUGGUGUAUUUGUCAUCUGUAAUGAAUCAACCAUGAAGGACUUGCUGCGAGUAGAACCCUUUGUGACUUACGGCUCGCCCAGCUUAAAAACCAUCCGUGAUCUGAUAAUGAAGCGUGGUGCUGCGAAAAUCAACGGUGUGCGUACACCACUGAGCAGUAAUGCAAUGGUUGAAGAAGCUUUGGGUGAUUUGGAUAUUAUUUGUUUAGAAGAUAUCAUUCAUGAAAUUGCAAAUAAGGGCGAAAAUUUUGCAGCUGUCACAAGUUUCUUGGAACCCUUUGAAUUGCAUGAUCCUGUGAAGGGCUGGCGUCAAAAGAAAUUAAAGGAAGUUCUUGAUAGAGAAAACGAGGAAGAAAGUGCUGAAGAUGAUAUUAACAAGUUGGUGGAGACAAUGAAUUAAAAUAUUUAUUUAUGCAUAUAAAAACCAUUAAUACACAACAAACGUACAAAUACACAUCCACAUCCACAAUCACUCACUCACAUGUUUCAAAUACAACACACAUUUAAAUGUAUUUCUAGAGCUGCAUUGUACCCCCCCC